UUCAGUCUUAAAUUGACCGCGAAGUUUGAAUGUUGUCAUUCCCCAGGUUACGUGAAUUCCUUUGACAACCCGCUGGACUUCAAAUGUCCCGGGGACAAGUUUGUGACCGGCGUCAGCGGUUACCAUGACAACCACUUCGAAGACCGUAGGUACGGGUUCCAGUGCUGCAAUAUUCUCGGGCGCUCACCACGUGACUGCUACCUGACAGGUGAGGUCAACACGUGGGACGGUAAGCUGACCUUGGUCGUGGGCGAGGGCAAGGCCAUCAAGGGUGCUCACAGUGUUCAUAACAACUACUACGAGGACAGAAUCUGGAAAUUCGAAAUAUGCAGUAUUUAG